UUAAUUACGCCAUGUUCAAGAGGGUGAGCAUGGUGCAGAUCUCGUACCACCUCGGAGGCAAAAUCGAAUCCAACCCCAGCAUCCAACCUAUCGGCAAUUUCCCCAACAUUAUGCAAUUUCUGCAAACUAUCACCAAAGUGCAGAUCAUCGGCAAUGUAACGUGCAAGUAUUCCACCAUGAAGUACGGACAUAUUGGCCUCAUCGAAAAAAUCACGCAGAAGUACAAGAUGCAGCACGAUGCUGGAGUGGAACAGCAGGUGGAGUUUAGCCUGCCGGCCAACGUGAACUUCACCUUCUUCAGGACCAAGCAGAACGGUGAUUUCAUCCAUGGAGUCAAUUUAUUCUUGGAGCCGAAGCUGAACAAGAAGGAGCCCGUAGCCCGUAUGAUCACCGAGCCAUUCACCACCUUCCAGCAACUCAAGGACAUCACCCCGCUCGCCAAGAGCAAGAACAAGAUGAUGGUGAACAUUCGCGAGGCACAAAAUGUCACGUUCCCAUGGGGCCCUUCGAAGGCGCUGCUUGUCAACAUCUCCACGCAGCAAGAGUUUGUAGAUUACGCCGAAGCGCAGCGCAGCAAGAAGGACAGCGAUUUCCUGUCCAUUCUGUUCUUCCCAUUCGCUUCCUCCGCCAUCCAGUACAGCCAAUUCAACGUCUCCAUCGACCAAACGAAGCUGCAACAGCUCAAACUGCAGUUCAACACCACCAGGCAGAGCAGGCUGCCGCCGCUGCCGCUGUCCCAACAGCCCAGUGGCCACGGGUCGCAGUCCCCCAAACACCCUGGCAACGAUGCGCACACGACCAUCGUCAACCUGGGCAUGACCACCACUGGAUCAGCUGAGAAGCAAGCGUACCGCGCUGCUUUCAACGUCACCGCCAGCCAAAUCCGAAACAACGACCACCUGCAUUUCAACUACAACGUCACCAAGACUAGGUUCCCCGCCCUACCCAAGCUCGUCGAAGAGUUGAAGAUCGACGUCCAGGGCAAAUGGGCUUACAUGCCGCAGUAUUUCAUCCAAUUCGCCCGCGAAUACAGCCCCAACUCCAACAUCUCCUUCUCCAUGUACUACAACAACAAAACCAAUAGCAAUCCUGCAAUGCAACUGAACGGCAAGUGCCGCUUGGAGAGAAGCGACGAGCGCCUGGAAUACGUCUUGGAGUCCCCUCGCUACAAGCAGUGCCGCGAGCAGGUCCGCGACGGCCAGCUCAUCCUGCCCGCCUGCCUCAACUCCACGCGCCGCAUCGCCGUGCUGGACGAGCUGUCGUGCGAGGCCCGCUACGAGCACGUGAGCUCCUGCUGCUGCAACCCCCCACGUGGGGGCAUCUAUUCGAGCGCGCACGGCGCCGCGCCUGUAAACCCCUACCACAGCGCAAGUCAUGCCACCAGGGCCCGACCAUACAGGCGCCUACCCUGA